AAUUCGCUCUUGCAAUGCUUCAGAGAAUGGGCAUCCCUUCCGUGGAAGCGGAAAGACAUAUAGCUAUGCUGUAAAUAAAACGGAUAAGUUGAAAUUGAAGGGAAACGCGAAAGAUUCAAACCGGAGCUUGCGAUUUCGCACCGCAGUCACCUCCGUCGUUACUCCUUAAAAUGAAAGGAUAUUCAUUUUUAAAAGAAUGGAUUGAGACUGCUGUAUAGCAUUUAUAUUUGUACGUAUAUAUUUUUGUAUCGUUGUAAUACCGUUACGUUGCAUUCAUUUGUUUUCUACGGAAAAACCGGCUUGAAGGCGCAAGGAGACCAAAAUUUAUAUUUUCUACGCUAACGCAGACAGGAGAGGAGGGGGGAACACUGCCGAAGCCGUGGUCUCCGAGAAGAGCCGAAUGCAUGGAUUCAGAGCUCACGGCAAUCACUGACGCUUCGAUCUCAGAUUGCCCUCCUCGUCGCUGACAGCUGGGAGAGCAGUCUAUCCAACAGGCGGAAAAGAGCAGCCGUCCAAGAGGCCAGCGAGAGAGGGGCGAAGAGAGCCAUCACUUCGCCGGCUUGAUCGAUCCACCGGCACUGAACAGGCGCGGGGAUCUGCUUUGGCGUGCGGGAGGAGAGGCGAUCGCCCCGGGGGUAUUCUUUCAUCGAGAGGGGGGGAAUACACCUUUGACAAAAAGAAGAGGAGGCGGGUAUUACAGACAAAUACAUUUGAAGUGUCCAAUUAGGAAUUUCCAAUUGAGAGAGAGAAAGAGAUUGAGAGAGAGAGAGAGAGAGGCAGUGGAAUAUUCCGUUUCUCCUCCGACAACACCCCCUAUCUUGGAAAAAAAUAAAAUAAAAAAAUAAAAACAAUAUACACAAAUCAAGGUGGUGUGUGUUGUGGGGGGGGGACCUAGGACAGCCCAGUGCUGGAUCCCAGAGCGACUGUCAGAGAGGCAAGGACUCUUGAGAAGAAGAAGGGGGGUGCAUGGAGCUUUCACGGCCGGUGACGCCGGGGACAUCCGCCUUCCUCCGGUUGGGCUUGGUCGCCGCGGCGACCGCCUUCCUGUGCGCCGAGGCCCGGACCACCCCGAGCCCCGCCCCGGCGUCCCAGAAUGCCACCUGCGAGGGCACGUUCGCGUGCAGGCCCGGCAUCGUCCUGCCCAUCUGGUACCCGGAGGACCCCUCCAUGGGCGAUAAGAUCGCCCGGGUCAUCGUGUACUUCGUCGCGAUGAUAUACAUGUUCCUGGGCGUGUCCAUCAUCGCCGACCGCUUCAUGGCGGCCAUCGAGGUCAUCACCUCCCAGGAGAAGGAGAUCAUCAUCAAGAGGUCGAACGGGGAGACCACCACCACCACCAUCCGCAUCUGGAACGAGACCGUGUCCAACCUCACGCUCAUGGCCCUGGGCUCCUCCGCGCCGGAGAUCCUGCUCUCCGUCAUCGAGGUCUGCGGCCACGGGUUCAAAGCCGGGGAGCUGGGCCCCGCCACCAUCGUGGGCAGCGCGGCCUUCAACAUGUUCGUCAUCAUCGGCCUCUGCGUGUCCGUCAUCCCCGAGGGGGAGACGCGCAAGGUGAAGCACCUGCGCGUCUUCUUCGUCACGGCCGCCUGGAGCAUCUUCGCCUACAUCUGGCUCUACAUGAUCCUGGCGGUGUACUCGCCGAACGAGGUCCAGGUCUGGGAGGGCCUGCUCACGCUGGCCUUCUUCCCCAUCUGCGUCGUGCUGGCCUGGGUGGCCGACCGGCGGCUGCUCUUCUACAAGUUCAUGCACAAGAAGUACCGCACGGACAAGCACCGCGGCGUGAUCAUCGAGACGGAGACGGAGCGCGCCAAGGGCAUCGAGAUGGACGGGAAGAUGGUGAACUCGCACUUCGUGGACGGCGCCGCCAGCAACCUGAUGGGCCUGAUGGAGGGGAAGGAGGUGGACGAGUCGCGCCGGGACAUGAUCCGGAUCCUGAAGGACCUGAAGCAGAAGCACCCGGAGAAGGAGCUGGACCAGCUGGUGGAGAUGGCCAACUACUACGCCCUGUCCCACCAGCAGAAGAGCCGGGCCUUCUACCGCAUCCAGGCCACGCGCAUGAUGACGGGGGCGGGCAACAUCCUGAAGAAGCACGUGGCCGAGCAGGCCAAGAGGAGCGCCAGCGUGCCGGAGGUGCGCAUCGAGGAGCCGGAGGAGUUCGUCUCCAAGAUCGUCUUCGAGCCCUGCGCCUACCAGUGCCUGGAGAACUGCGGCGGCGUCCUGCUGACCGUCGCCAGGAAGGGCGGCGACGUCUCCAAGACGGUCUACGUGGACUACAAGACGGAGGACGGCUCGGCCAACGCCGGGGCGGACUACGAGUUCACGGAGGGCACCGCCGUGUUCAAGCCCGGCGAGGUGCAGAAGGAGAUCACCGUGGGCAUCAUCGACGACGACAUCUUCGAGGAGGACGAGCACUUCUUCGUGCGGCUCAGCAACGUGCGCGUGCUGGAGGCCGAGGACCUCCUCACCCCCAACAGCCUGCCCUACCCGAAGGCCCUGCUGGGCUUCCCUUCCGUCGCCACGGUGACCAUCCUGGACGACGACCACGCGGGCAUCUUCACCUUCGAGAGCGAGUCGGUGCACGUGAGCGAGAGCAUAGGCGUCAUGGAGGUGAAGGUGCUGAGGACUUCCGGAGCGCGGGGAACGGUCAUCGUGCCCUACCGCACCCUGGAGGGUCUGGCCAAGGGCGGAGGGGAGGACUUCGACGACACCUUCGGAGAGCUGGAGUUCAAAAACGACGAGACCUGCAAAACGAUUCAGGUGAAGAUCAUCGAUGACGAGGAGUACGAGAAGAACAAGAACUUCUUCCUGGAGCUGUCCGAGCCUCGCAUGGUGGACAUGAGCCUGCAGAAAGCUCUGUUGUUAGCAGAAGACGUGCCAGACAGGAAGUUAACGGUGGAGGAGGAGGAAGCUAAGAGGAUUGCAGAGAUGGGUAAACCGGUGCUGGGAGAGCACUCCAAACUGGAGGUCAUCAUCGAGGAGUCCUAUGAGUUCAAGAACACAGUGGACAAACUAAUCAAGAAGACUAACCUGGCUCUGGUGGUGGGCACUAACUCCUGGAGAGAGCAGUUCAUGGAAGCCAUUACAGUCAGUGCAGACGAGGAUGAGGAGGACUCGGGGGAAGAACGCCUGCCGUCCUGCUUCGACUACGUCAUGCACUUCCUGACGGUGUUCUGGAAGGUGCUGUUCGCCUGCGUGCCGCCCACCGAGUACUGGAACGGCUGGGCCUGCUUCACCGUGUCCAUCGUCAUCAUCGGCCUGCUGACGGCCGUCAUCGGCGACCUGGCGUCCCACUUCGGCUGCACCAUCGGCCUGAAGGACUCCGUCACCGCCGUGGUGUUCGUGGCCCUCGGCACCUCCGUCCCGGACACCUUCGCCAGCAAGGUGGCGGCGGUGCAGGACACGUACGCGGACGCGUCCAUCGGGAACGUGACGGGCAGCAACGCGGUCAACGUGUUCCUGGGCAUCGGCGUGGCCUGGUCGGUGGCGGCCAUCUACUGGCGCCUGCAGGGCAAGCCGUUCGUGGUGCACGCGGGCUCCCUGGCCUUCUCCGUCACGCUCUUCACCAUCUUCGCCUUCCUGGCCGUCUCCGUGCUGCUGUACCGGCGGCGGGCCCACAUCGGCGGGGAGCUGGGCGGCCCCCGCGGACACAGACUGGCCACCACCGCCUUCCUCUUCAGCCUCUGGCUCCUCUACAUCCUCUUCUCCGGCCUGGAGGCCUACUGUCAUAUACAGGGCUUCUAGACAACAAACAAAACAAACAAACAAACAAACAAACAAACAAACACCAGUCCAAGGUUCAAAGUACAACACACAAAAAAAUACAAGGGUAGAUUUUCAUUGUGGAAUUUCUUUUUUUUUUGGGGGUGGGGGGUGGUACAGGGAGGUGGGGUUAGGGAAGAGGGUAGAGGGUGGGUUGAGAACAGGGGGAGGUGAGGGGUGGAAGGGGGGGGGAAGAGCCUCUAAACCCACCCUUCCUCCCUCCCUCCCUUUGGACACUAAAUUCCAAAGCCUACUCUUCAGAGGAAUGGAGUAGAGGCGGGUAUCGGGCACACAGGAUGGGGGAUGGCGAUCGUGGUGAUGCCGCUCUGCCCGUGUCCAGGUGUGCCCGAGUGGUGAGGGGGUUUGGGGCGAAGCAUGGCGGGCGGGAUAUCUACUCAAACACGCAGGAGUUUGAAUAAAAAAAAAUAUUUGAUAUCAAAAAUAGGUGGCAAAAAAUGAGUCUCAUCAUCUGAGGAGAAAACAGUCCAAAACUCGAAAAAAGUUGGCGAUAUCAGAAGUCUAUUUUUUUCUCAACAUCUGACAAGAAUGACUUUUUUAAAAUGAAGUAUUUUGGGAAAAAAAGGCAAAAAAACAACAAAAAGAGGUAUCAAAGAACUAUUUUCUGAGCUGCAUAAUGGAUAAGAAUAGUAUUUCAUCUGAAAACAACACAUGAUAAAAUGGAAAUAUGCUGUUGAAUGACAAUUGAAUGGACUUGGUUCAUAGUCUUUAUUUUUGUUUCGUUUAGUUUUCUCUAGGAACAUUGCAGGGUUCUCAGAAGAGAGAAGAGGUCUUGGGCAAAAUUUUACUCAUCAGACAAAUGACUACUGAAACAACGGAAAAAGAACGAAAAAAAGAACAUUAACAAACUGCCCUGAACAUUACUUCCUUUAUAUAUCUAUAUAUAUUUCCAUAAUUUCUGUAUAUUUUGAAUAUUUGUUUCAAUGUGGUCAUAUACAACUUCAGUGAUAGAGGAUCGCUGUGGCCUUGGGGGGACGUGACUGAGCUUAUCUGUAGGGCAGGACAGAAUGGGAGUGGGACGAUGGAUUUGCGCCCGUCCCGUUUUUUUGGCGGACAGGGGUGGGGCGGCAGACGUCCUGUCCUCGUUGUGUAUUUCUGAGAAUUAAACUUCUCGCCACAUGAAGAGAUAGCAUUGCUUAUUUAUUACUUUUUUCUCCUGUACACAAAGAGAAUCGUGCAGGCUGUUUGCUGAGUAAGACGCCCUAAACAUUUAACAUUUUGUUGCAGAGGUAGGAUUUCAGUGCGACCAAGAACGAGCUGACCGGUUUUGCAUAUGAAAGAUCGCUUGCGUACAAUGACUCAGUAUUAACUCGGAUUCUAUGAGUUUGUGUCCGAAGUGGGCUUGCACCAGUACGGUUCGUGUCUGUACCUAGAGCAGCUGAGUACAGUUUGCGAGUACAGUUUGUGAGGUUUGGUUUUAAAAUAGUAGUAUGAGGUGUACUUACAGAGUCCAUUUGUGUCCCUAAGACUACUCUGUUCAGACUGCACUGGAUAAUUACUUAAAAUGCUGCUAGUUUGCCUUCAAGCUGCUCGUUACAUACUGAGUAAUGGGGGGGCACAGCUGUAUCCCAGGGGGAGAGAUGGGGUGGUGCGAAGGGACUGGGUGGGGUAACUGUGCAGCAUGGGAAAAUUUUUUGGGUGGAAACAAGAGGCUGGGAUGUGAUAGUGGGAUAGAAAAGCCAAAGAGAAAAUUGGGCGGGAAAAAUGCCGAGAAGAUAAGCUCAGAGGGUGACCCGGAAGCUGCAGUGACACUCUGGCCCACAAGGGGGCGCUCUGUUCCUGGUGGUCCGUUUGGUCCGGUUACUGGCCCUCUUUUGGGUUUUUCCGUUCUCUGGCGAGCGGUGCUGUAAAUAUGUCGUCCCCCCCCUCCCCACCUUCCCUCUCAGAGCUAAAAGGAACUGGAUGUCCCCCCCCCCCCAGGGUAUGGAUUACACCAGGUCAUCGUCCUCAAAAUUUCUACUGAAGUAGGUCUCACGUGGGGGUCACUGUUGAGCAAAAAAAGAGAAGAAACCAAGGGAGGAGGAGGGUGAGGGGCUCAUGCAGAGGGUGAUACAUAUAUGUACAUAUUUCAAUAUAUGUGUUAACAUAUGAACACAGCCACGUGUGUAAGAACAAAUAUGUGUGUGUGUGUGUGUGUGUGGAUAUGAAUACCACGUCAGCAUUUUUACCAUAACCAUAACCAUAACCGAGUCCGGGUCUGUGUGCUUUAUGUACUGGAGCAGUUGCCUCUUCACCCCUCCCUAGUGGAUGUCUUACAAAAAAGAGAAAAGGUAUUUAAAAUGUGUAUCCAAGUGAAAACAAAAGGGCACCGUCGAAGUGUUAUUUUCUUAAGAAAACAAAAUUAAUAUUUGUUAUUGUUCGAGAUGCCAGUCUUAUCUUUUUUGGGUGACUGAAUGGUUCUAUUUAUUAUUAUUAUUAUUAUUAUUAUUAUUAUUAUUAUUAUUAUUAUUACUGAUUUUGCUACUUUUAACUGUGGAUUUGAGAUGGGAGAGGACAGACAUACGGACACAGAACACACAGCCUUGCCUUGUGUGCUGUAGACGCAGACCAGAAAUUCUGUUCCACCUGUGUGUGUACUAUGUACACAGAGCUUUCACCACUCAAUGCGUCUCUCCCUGUGAAGGGCGUGUCUCAGCUUCUAUCUUCAGUCUUUUAUUUGUCAGGAAACACAAAGACAAACAUGAAAUACUGUACGGAGAAGGAAAAUUGAUGUAAGACUAUUGAUCAAAUUAUUGACACUGAAUUCACUGCUGUUUGUGUGUGGAUGGUUGUGCUUUUGUGUGUGUGUGUGUGUGUGUGUGUGAGAGAGAGCGAGCGUAUGUGCGUGCCUGUGUGUGUGUGUGUGUGUAUGUGUUUGCAGGAGCAGGGGACAAGGGUGUGAAAGUGCUGAGAAAAGAUAUUACCUUAGUGAUGAAAAGUUUAGUUCCCAAAAGCUGGCAGAGGCGAUGAAAUUGUUGGCCAUCAUUUGACCGCCAAGUUCAAUGAAAGAAUAAACUUAUUUUCACUAAUGUUAGGAGUUUGGGGAAGGCAUAUCUAAAUGGCACCAUUGUUCUAAAACCUUCAUUCACACAAAGUCGUUUAAAAUUCAUUAAUGUGUUCCAAAAUAUAAGUAUUACACAUAUAAAUGGAGUAAAAAUGUAACAACAGGAUAUUGUAUUUUGUCAACAUUGUGUCAGCUCAUUUAAAGGAAAAACCAUAAAAAUAUUUCCUGAUUUAGAUGGACAUAUGACUGUGUUUCCUCACUACCAUGUAGAAGUUUGUCACCAUGACAACAGGUUUACCAAUCUCAACUACAGUCUCGACUCCCUGUGGAUGUUAAUGGUAUUGCAUUCCAACUCACAAGCCUGGAGUCAUGGCUAUCUAUGCCUCUUUAUGGUGGGACAAAGUGAAGCACUGCUCAAUAGGUAGGAUGCAAAAUAGGUCUGGAUUAAGAGCUGGACAAUAUAGAGGGAAAAGUCAGAUGGCGCCCAGUGUGACCAUCAACAGAAAAGCUUUGUAAUCCACAGUGAAAGUAUUCGGGGCAAAACCGCUAUUUGUGGUGUUGAGCGCAUAGCUUAGGAGGUUUCUUUCCCCCUACACAAGUUUUUGACUAUACAGUAUUUAAAUUUAUUUUCUUGGUGAUUUUAAUAAAAUGUGAAACUUAAUUCUCGCUGAUGAGAAUGAGUAACUAAGUUGUUUGAUGGUCUCAAAAGCAAUUCUUCUCCAUGUUUGAUUCUGUCCACAAAAGUAUACAUUACACACACUGUACAUAGUGUUAUACAGUGUAGUCAUGGAUGUGUCUGUAUAAUUACAAUGAUAUGUACUGGCAAAGUUACUGGUUUAUCAAGCUGAUGAGAACUGCAUUGGGGAAUAUGGUGGGGUGCCUCAUUCUUGUUUAUAUUUCAGCUAUUCAUAGGUAUUUCUAUAAACAUUCUCAAAACAGUUACAGAGAAAAUGUUAAUUUCACAGAAAUUUAUCAGAUUGACUGUCAUUAAAAAAAAAAAACUUUACUGUGCUUAGUUAUAUUGACAUUUCCGACCUUAAUACAUUGAUGUUGUCAGAGGAGGUAAGACAGCGGAGAUUCAGGGGAGAGUAGUCCCUGCACCUCUUUGUUUCCAAGCAUCCAAAAAAGGGCAGGACUUCCUGUUACUGGGGACUGGGGACUGCUGAUGUCACUGAAGAAAACUGCUGUGUGUUCCACUCCAGAUUGCAUCGGCAGGCUGUGUUUUCCUGUGUGGGGUUUACUGAAGAUGCAUCCUCUUAUCAGAGAAUACUUGACAAAAUCCUCAGUGAUGAAAUGCAAUCUUAUUGUUGGGGGUAACUACUGGUUUCAAAAAAAUGCCUUUUCUUGUCAUUUAAAUUACAUGAAAAAGAAGACUUAACCCCUAUUUUUAGUAUUUAUAAAUUGAUUUAUUUAUUUAUUUAUUUAUGGUUUUUUUUGCCAUAUUAGUCUUACCUCACAUCUCUGGGUUGGAAACACGUGACUGACACAAUUAUCACACACCACAACGUACCCUCCAUUUAAUGUCACAUAAACUUGGAUUGUUAAUUCAUUUUGUUAGUUUGUUCAUUUGUUUUUUACUCUUCACAACAGAAAGUAUUCUUUUUAUUUCAGGGAAUUCUGCAUGAUAUGAAUCUUCAUUUGUUUCAUUUAUGUCCAUUUAUUUAUUUUUGACCUUUUGCCAAUAAAAAUUUUAAAAAAAGUAUUUGAAUAAAAUCACUUGCAGAUCUGUGA